UUCAUCAUCAUCAUCAUCAUGAAGUUCAGCAACAUUUUGGUCGGAAUUAUGAACUUCCUAACCUUAAUUCUGUCGAUAGCAAUGUUAUGUUUGGCAGUAUGGUUACCCAAAAUAGUACACACAGAUCAAUACGACAAAUGGUUGCAAAAACCCUUUAUUGCCCUUGGCGUUUUCCUCUUGGUGGUUUCUCUAAUGGGCUUCAUAGGUGCUUGUUGUCGUGUUUCAUGGGUUCUCUUGUUCUAUCUCUUUGUUAUGUUUUUGCUCAUCAUUCUUAUCUUCAUUUUCACCAUUUUUGCUAUUGUUGUUACAAACAAAGGCGUUGGUGUUCAUUCCAAUUGGUUAGUUAACGAUAGAGAUAAUUGGAAUACAAUUAAAAGUUCUUUGCAAAUUCAAGAUAUUUGCAAAUUACCUAACCAGCAUUUGGACGACACCUCCCACUUGUCCAGUCUUGAGAUCGGAUGUUGUAUGCCUUCAAAUGAAUGUGGUUUUACGAAGAAGAUCGAAAAUGUUUCUUAUGUCGACCCUAACUGUGCUUAUAAUAAAGAGGAUUGUGGUGUUUUUUAUUACAACCAGAUAAUAUGGACGAAGACCGAAAAUGUUACUUAUACCAACUCUGACUGUAAUGCUUGGAACAACGAUCCAAAUGCUUUGUGCUUCAAUUGUCAAUCUUGCAAGGAUGGCUUUCUCCAAGACAGCCACAUUUGGAAGAAGUUGGUUGAUGUCAACAUUGUAAUCCUUAUUUUCUUGGUUAUUGUGUGCUUCUUUGGUUGUUGUGCAAUCAGAAAUAAUAGGUGUAAGGGUGGAAAUAGGCCGGGCCAAACCAAAUUUUACAAGGCACGAGUCUGACCUAUUAUCUAUGAAAGAGUUUUUUACAUCUACAAAAAUGUGAAAGUGUAAAUUAACAAU